UCGCGAGAGCUGCGGCGGGCGGAGCGGAGAGGAGAGGAGCGGAGCGGGCGGCGGGGUGAGCUCAUCCCGGGCGCGGAGCGCAGCCGAGCAGUGCGGAGGGUGAGCCGACGGCAGGCGCCGCGGCAACUUUCUUGGAGUCCUGAGUGCUGUUCUGUUGAAGCGUGUGUCAAAACAAGAUCCUGUGAUGUAAUGGAGACUUGGGAACUCUGCAGUUGUGCACUUUGAAACUGCUUCAUCUUUGAAGAGAGAUUUUUCCGGUGCCCUUCCUCAGAUGUCUGUGAUACUACCAAGAGGAACUGCCUUUCUGUUUAAAGGAAGCAUAAGCGAUUGUAUUACUGCUCUGACGUUUUAGCGCACAAGUGAUGUUAAAACAACUCGAAUGUAUUGGAGCAUGGCUACUUCUUAAGAUGCAAAAGUUAAAAGAAGUUACUACUUCUCAAAACCUACCGAAUAUCUGCAUUUUCUAGACAUUUUGCAUUUAACUGUAUCCUUAAAUGUCCAUGGUUAAGAUCUCAUGCAACCGUUUUAUGUUUUGGAGACUAUUCUCCAAAAGAAAACUGUGCGUUUAAAAAGCCGAAAUGACUGUACUUCCUCUUGGAACUUACUGAGGUUGAACAUACUGAAAUAUCAUGACCAGCUUGAAGCGGUCCCAGACCGAAAGGGCUGUUGCCACUGGGGUGUCAGUUGGAACCGAUGGCACCUCAAAAGUCCACUCGGAUGACUUUUAUAUGAGGCGCUUUAGGUCACAGAAUGGAAGCUUAGGAUCUGCAGUCAUGGCUCCAGUUGGGCCUCCUCGCAAUGAAAGUUCCCAUCAUGUUACCUCUACUCCUGGAGUCCCCAAAAUGGGGGUCAGGGCAAGAAUUGCUGAUUGGCCCCCAAGGAAGGAGAACAUCAAGGAAACAAGCAGGUCUAGUCAAGAUAUUGAAACUGCCAGUUGUCUUGACAGCAUGUCUUCUAAAAGCAGUCCUGGAAGUCAGGGAAGCUCCGUUAACCUGAAUGCUAGUGAUUCUGUCAUGUUAAAGAGUAUCCAGAACACGCUUAAAAGCAAGACCAGACAAUCUGAGAAUCUAGACUCCAGGUUUCUUACACCUGAUGGCUAUCCCAGUUCCCCAAGGAAAGCUCUUCGCAGAAUAAGACAGCGUAGCAACAGCGACAUUACCAUAAGUGAGCUUGAUGUGGAUAAUUUUGAUGAAUGUAUUUCGCCCACCUUUAAAUCUGGACCGUCUCUGCAUAGAGAAUAUGGCAGCACAUCUUCAAUAGAUAAGCAGGGAACUUCGGGGGAAAGUUUUUUUGACUUAUUAAAGGGCUAUAAAGAUGAAAAAUCUGAUCAGAGAAGCCCAGGCACAACUAAGCUCAGUGAACUCCUGAUUGCCAGUGGAAGCAAGGGUUCAGGUUUCUCUCUAGAUGUGAUUGAUGGACCUAUUACUCAAAGGGAGAACCUGAGACUCUUUAAGGAAAGGGAGAAGCCACUCAAGAGACGCUCAAAAUCAGAAACAGGAGAUUCAUCCAUUUUUCGUAAGCUGCGUAAUGCCAAAGGUGAAGGGGAGCUUGGGAAGUCUUCAGAUCUUGAAGAUAACAGAUCGGAAGAUAGUGUCAAGCCUUGGACUUGUCCAAAGUGUUUUGCUCAUUAUGAUGUACAGAGUAUUUUAUUUGAUUUAAAUGAAGCAGCAAUCAACAGGCAUAAUGUUAUUAAAAGAAGGAACACAACAACAGGAGCAUCUGCUGCUGCUGUAGCAUCGCUUGUCUCUGGACCCUUAUCCCAUUCUGCAAGUUUCAAUUCUCCAAUGGGCAGCACUGAAGAUCUGAAUUCAAAAGGAAGUCUCAAUAUGGACCAGGGUGAUGAUAAAAGCAAUGAACUUGUGAUGAGUUGUCCUUAUUUUCGUAAUGAGAUUGGAGGAGAAGGGGAGAGGAAGAUAAGCCUUUCCAAAUCUAAUUCAGGUUCCUUCAGUGGAUGUGAAAGUGCCUCGUUUGAGUCAACUCUGAGUUCUCAUUGUACGAAUGCUGGAGUGGCAGUUCUAGAAGUUCCCAAGGAGAAUUUGAUUUUACAUCUAGACAGAGUGAAAAGAUACAUCGUUGAACAUGUAGACCUUGGUGCAUAUUAUUACCGAAAAUUUUUCUAUCAGAAAGAACACUGGAACUAUUUUGGGGCAGAUGAGAACCUUGGUCCUGUAGCUGUGAGUAUAAGAAGAGAAAAACCAGAGGAAAUGAAAGAGAAUGGACCUCAGUACAACUACCGGAUCAUUUUCAGAACCAGUGAGCUUAUGACAUUAAGAGGCUCUGUGCUGGAAGAUGCUAUUCCUUCAACUGCAAAGCACUGCACGGCCAGAGGACUUCCCCUAAAAGAAGUGCUUGAGUAUGUGGUUCCUGAGCUGAAUAUUCAUUGCCUAAGGCUGGCCUUCAACACUCCUAAAGUCACAGAGCAGCUUAUGAAGCUGGAUGAACAAGGGUUAAGUUACCAGCUUAAGGUGGGUAUCAUGUACUGCAAAGCUGGGCAAAGCACAGAAGAGGAAAUGUACAAUAAUGAAUCGGCAGGCCCAGCCUUUGAAGAGUUUCUUCAGCUCUUGGGAGAACGAGUUCGGCUCAAAGGAUUUGAAAAGUAUCGUGCUCAGCUGGAUACGAAGACUGAUUCAACAGGUACUCACUCUCUAUAUACAACAUACAAAGACUAUGAAAUCAUGUUCCAUGUUUCUACUAUGUUGCCAUAUACUCCAAACAACAAACAGCAGCUUCUGAGAAAGCGACAUAUUGGAAAUGAUAUUGUGACAAUAGUUUUCCAGGAGCCUGGAGCACAACCGUUCAGCCCAAAGAACAUUCGAUCUCACUUCCAGCACGUCUUUGUCAUUGUGAGAGUGCACGGUCCCUGUACCGACAGUGUUUGCUACAGCGUUGCUGUGACAAGAUCCAGAGAUGUACCAUCCUUUGGACCACCUAUUCCAAAAGGCGUCACAUUUCCUAAAUCAAACGUGUUCAGGGACUUCUUACUAGCCAAAGUCAUUAAUGCAGAGAAUGCUGCUCAUAAAUCAGAAAAGUUUCGUGCAAUGGCCACCAGGACCCGUCAAGAAUACUUGAAAGACUUGGCAGAGAAGAAUGUCACCAACACACCUAUUGAUCCUUCUGGCAAAUUCCCCUUCAUCUCACUUGCUUCAAAAAAGAAAGAGAAGUCUAAGCCUUAUCCAGGAGCAGAGAUCUAUAGUUCUGGUGCUAUUGUAUGGAGUGUCCAUGCAAAAGACUACAGCAAGGGUAUGGAAAUAGACUGUCUCCUAGGUGUCUCUAAUGAGUUUGUAGUCCUCAUUGAACAGGACACAAAAAGUGUGGUGUUCAAUUGCUCCUGUCGAGAUGUGAUAGGUUGGACUUCAACAGACACAAAUAUAAAAAUAUUCUAUGAGAGAGGUGAAUGUGUUUCUUUGGAGAGCUUCAUCAGCAACAUUGAUGACAUCAAAGAGAUCGUCAAAAGGCUGGAGCUUGUGACUAAGGGAUGUGAAACAGUGGAAAUGACUCUGCGUAGGAAUGGUCUGGGUCAACUUGGCUUCCAUGUAAACUAUGAAGGCAUUGUGGCAGAUGUUGAGCCCUACGGGUAUGCAUGGCAGGCAGGACUGCGACAGGGUAGCAGGCUGGUGGAAAUCUGUAAGGUGGCUGUAGCCACUCUGAGCCAUGAGCAAAUGAUUGAUCUUCUGAGAACAUCGGUAACGGUGAAGGUCGUCAUUGUCCCUCCAUAUGAGGACUGCACACCACGCAGAAGUUGUUCAGAAAACUACCGUAUGCCAGUGAUGGAAUACAAAGUGAAUGAAGGAAUGUCAUAUGAAUUCAAAUUUCCCUUCAGAAAUAAUAACAAAUGGCAGCGAAAUGCAAACAAAGGACAGGGACCUCAUGUGGCUCAGGUACCAUCCCAAGUUCAAAGUCCAGUGCCAUCUAGAAUUGGCUCAGGGAAAGGAGAAGGGAAAAUGCCACCCCCAGAACGAGCAGCUAACAUCCCCCGAAGUAUCUCUAGUGAUGGGCGCCCACUGGAGAGCCGGAGGUUGUCUCCUGGUUCUGAUGUCUACGUGACAGUUUCGUCCAUUGCAUUAGCAAGGUCGCAACAGUGUCGCAAUUCUCCAAGCAACUUAUCAACCUCAAGUGAGACAGGCUCUGCUGGGAGCACAUACAGACAAAAAUCUAUGCCAGAAGGGUUUGGAAUUAGCCGUAGAUCCCCUGCUUCCAUUGACAGGCAGAGCACGCAGUCAGAUACGGGUGGUAGCGGCAAAUCCACACCGAGCUGGCAAAGAAGUGAGGAUAGUAUCGCUGACCAGAUGGAACCAACAUGUCAUCUCCCAGCAGUAUCAAAAGUACUACCAUCCUUCAGAGAGAGCCCCAGUGGAAGACUGAUGAGACAGGAUCCUGUGGUUCACUUGUCUCCAAAUAAGCAGGGUCAUUCUGAAAGCCACUACUCCAGCCAUUCCAGCAGCAAUACUCUCUCCAGCAAUGCCUCCAGUGCUCACAGUGAUGAGAAAUGGUACGACAGUGGAGAGCGCACUGAAUCAGAGCUGAACAGCUACAACUAUCUUCAGGGGACUUCAGCUGAUAGUGGCAUAGAUACCACUUCCUACGGACCUAGCCAUGGCAGCACUGCCUCGCUGGGAGCAGCAACAUCUCCCCGGACAGGGCUAACGAAGGAAAAAGUGACACCGCUGUGGCACAGCUCCAGUGAAGUGGUCUCCAUUGCAGACAGGACAUUAGAAAAAGAGAGCCACAUUGACCGAAAGGCUGAGUCUUCACUGAGUCUGGAUAUUCACAGCAAGAGCCAGCCAGCCUCCAAUCCUCUAACAAGGGAGAACAGUGCUUAUAGUCUUAGUGAUGCUGUCUCACAUACAAGUACCAUGAGCUCACGACACUCUGCCAGCCCGGUUGUUUUCACCAGUGCCAGAAGCUCACCUAAAGAAGAGCUUCAUUCUGCUACUUCUCCCCAGCUCGCACCUUCUUUCUCCUCCUCCUCUUCCUCCUCAUCUGGUCCUAGGACUUUCUACCCUCGCCAGGGUGCUACUAGCAAGUAUCUGAUCGGAUGGAAAAAGCCCGAAGGGACGAUAAACUCGGUGGGGUUUAUGGAUACAAGAAAACGUCACCAGAGUGAUGGCACCGAAAUGGCCCAUGCUCGGCUGCGUGCAUCAGCAAGAGAUCUACGAGCAUCCCCGAAACGAGCAUCGAAGUCCACUGUUGAAGAAGACCUGAAGAAGUUGAUAGAUCUUGAUAGUCCAACACCUGAAUCCCAAAAGAAUUUUAAGUCACACACUCUGUCCUGUCAGUCUCCCUUUCCCAGCACUCCUACCACAAGGCGUGCCUUGCAAAGGACUUUGUCAGAUGAGAGUAUUUACAGUGGUCAAAGAGACCACUUCUUUGCCUCACGGGCCUCACUCUUGGACCAAGCCAUGCCAAAUGAUGUCCUGUUCACCAGCACAUACCCUUCUCUCCCAAAAUCGCUGCCGUUACGGAGACCAUCGUAUACUUUGGGAAUGAAAUCGCUACAUGGGAAAUUCACAGAUUCUUGCUCCCUUCUCACAGAUAUCCAGGAGCAAAGACGGCAGCCCAUGCCAGACCCCGGUCUUAUGCCAUUGCCUGACUCUGCCUCUGAUCUGGACUGGUCAAACCUGGUAGAUGCUGCCAAAGCCUUUGAAGUUCAGCGAGCUUCAUUCUUUGCUGUUGCGGAUGAAAACCACAGGCCUGUGAGCGCUGCCUCCAGUGGUGAUCAGGCUGAGGACCAGCUUACUGCACAGAUAAAGCCUUAUACAGGUAAAGAAUCUCCUCCAACUCUUGCCUCUAAAGUGGACCAACUUGAAGGUUUGCUGAAGAUGCUGCAAGAGGAUUUAAGGAAGGAAAAAGAGGACAAAGCCAAUCUUCAGGCUGAAGUGCAACAUUUACGGGAAGACAACUUGCGGUUACAGGAGGAAUCCCAGAAUGCAACUGAGAAGCUGAAGAAAUUCACCGAGUGGGUUUUCAACACAAUUGAUAUGAACUGAGAGCAGUGUAUGGGGAAGGAAACUAUCUGUAAUGAAUAUUAUUCCUGGGACUUAAGCUUUAAUGCCACCUUAAUCAUGACAUGUGAAAGUAUAGUCAGAGCACUUCCCCGUUCUCCAUCCUCCAAUAACCCUUUUUUGCAUCUCUGCGCGCACUCCGAACAAUUGCAGAUCAACAAUCAAUGUCUGCCUUUUGUAGAAAAACAAAGUAAAUAAUUUUAAAGAGGUAAAAUAAAAGUUUAACUGCUAAAAUGUGAAUGUCUAUUUUUUGCACAUUGUUUCUUUAUCAGUUACGUACAAAGCGAUUUGGAGGCUGGAUCAGGCUCGCUGCUCCAUCUGCCUCUGGUUCCAUUAUCUCCUUUCUGUCUGUUUCAGGUAAUCUGCUUUUCCUUGCAGCUUUGGCAAAUAUUAUGACAUCUAGGAAAUUAGAAAGAAAUGUUUAUUUUACUGCUUUUCUUACAUUGUUUUCUGAAGUAUGCCACAGACAAGGGGAUGUAAUGCAAUGUUUUAGGUGUCUCCUUAGCAAUUUGCGCUUGAUUGCUAGUGCUACCUUCCCAUACGUUACAGAGAGCGUGUGUCUGUAGUGUAGGUACAGUACCAGCAUCGCAACAUCUGGAGAGAGAUGAGAGACCUGAGCCGUGGGUGAGGCAUAUUAUCACACAUCUGUUGCAUUAGCAUUUCUGGUAGCCUUCGUUUCCUGUGGAAGCAACGGCUGCAAGUAACUUUACAAACAGCAAAACGAGGCAUGCUGCAGUUUGUUCCGUAUCAGGCAGGCUGAAAUACCAAGCACUGCUGCUGUACCGCUUAAGGAUCAUCCCCGACCCUUCCAGGGGAGUCUGUUACUGUCGUAUGUGCAGAAGAUUUAGGCUGAAGUUGUAAAGAGAUUAAGAUUUCCUCCUUGCUCCCCAAAAUGUUUCCAUGAAAAUCCACAUAAACCGUCUCAGUGCACCAGCCCUCCCGUUUCGUUUCUCCAGACUUCUCAAAUCACCCCAGAUUUGAGAAAUGUUUGCUAAGCUUUUGUUCAAUGACAUGAGAGGUCUUUCUUUAAAUCCUUUGUGACCACAAGCAGAGGAAUACGUAAAGGUGAAAUUAGAGAAGUAUAUUUUUCCGAAGUACUGGGAUAGGAUUGGAGCUCUGAAAUCCCCGACUCCCAGUGAAGCUGUCUAGCAUGAGAUUUCCCAAACUGCCUCAUGUCAAGAAAGUUAAUUUCAUGUUCUUUGAAGGAACAGCCAACUUGCCACAACAUAUUACCUCUCCAGAAAAUACCUUUCAGGUGUAGGCACUGCAGUCUGCACGAGCAUCGAGCUGUGCAGCGUGCUGAGAAACCUUUUCUGUUCCCUUCAGAGUAUACAGUCACUACCUUAACAAAUACUGCCUUGCACAAGGUGCAGCAAAUUUGCAGUAAACUUCAAGAGCAAUCCUCCCUCCCCUUUAACACAUUCUCAAACAGGAUAAAAUCGUUGGGCAUAGGCUUGUCAUAGAAACUUCCACGCUCUUUUCAAAUCCCCUUUUCAUACUCUUUAAUCUUGCUCCACACAAGUGCACACUACACUCCAACCUCAAACUUCAUUUGCGAUGCUAAUCCCCAUGGAGUUCUUCUCUAAUGUUUUGUCAUGGAAAUGGAUCUCUUUGGAACUAUUUCUGGAGUGCUUUUGUAAAGGUUUAGAAUGUCUUGGGUUUUUUAAUGACUUGUAUGAAGGAGAUUUAUAUAAUGCCUGAUAUAAUUUGUAAAUGGGAAAUAUUGCUAACAUCUCUGAGCAUCCUGAAGUCUUGCUUUUAUUCUCUUUUAUUUUUAAGUUUGGGUUUUAUUUUAUUUCAAAAAAUAUUUUGGGACUUGGGGCAGACUAUUUAUUAGAGUUUUGCAACAGAGUUCUUCUUGUAUGAUGCCACUGAAGGCUACUUGUAAAAUUCUGACAAUAAAACUCAUUUUAAAGGCUCUUCUAAA